GCACGUUGUUCUUCCGGUGUCAGAGGUCAGAAAAGGCGAAGAAGCGAGGAUUCACGCAAAAGCUGAAGAAAACGACUGAAAAACGAAAACAUGUCUCACACCAUCCUGCUGGUGCAGCCCACCAAGAGACCAGAGGGAAGGACGUACGCUGAUUAUGAAUCGGUGAACGAGUGUAUGGAAGGUGUGUGUAAGAUGUACGAGGAGCAUUUAAAAAGAAUGAACCCCAACAGUCCGUCAAUAACGUACGACAUCAGCCAGCUGUUUGACUUCAUUGAUGACCUGGCUGACCUCAGCUGUUUGGUGUAUCGUGCCGACACGCAGACAUACCAGCCAUACAACAAGGACUGGAUCAAAGAGAAGAUCUACGUGCUGCUCCGUCGUCAGGCACAGCAGGCGUCUAAGUGAAGAGGCCCGAGUGGAUGAGUGGAGAGUUCAAGGGUGUGGAUUGUUUUUACUGUGUGUAGCUUGUUUUCAUAAAGUUUGACUUACUUUUGUUUGGACUCAAGUUUUUUUUUCUUCAUUGAGAUGAAAAGGUGUAUUUUGUAUCUUGUUUGUUUGAUGAAUGAAUAAAGAUUCAUAAAGAACUUUA